AUGAGCACUGGGGACUUUUUAUCCAAGGGAAUAGGUCUGAUUCAAAAAGCUAUCGACUUAGAUACAGCUACCCAAUACGAAGAAGCUUAUACGGCAUACUACAAUGGACUAGAUUAUCUGAUGCUGGCAUUGAAAUACGAGAAAAAUCCUAAAUCUAAAGACCUUAUAAGAGCCAAGUUUACUGAGUAUUUGAAUCGGGCAGAACAACUUAAAGAUCAUUUGGAAUCUGAAGAAGACAAGAAAAAAACCAAGAAGGACUCACCAGCGAAGAAGACUAGUGCUAACUCAAACAACGAUGAUGACGCCGACGAUAAAAAAUUGCGAGGUGCGUUGUCUGGCGCGAUUCUGACAGAAAAACCAAAUGUACGUUGGGAAGAUAUUGCUGGCUUGGACGGAGCUAAAGCAGCUCUCAAAGAGGCAGUUAUCUUGCCAGUAAAAUUCCCUCAUUUGUUCACUGGAAAUCGUAAACCCACAUCCGGGAUUCUAUUAUUUGGACCUCCAGGUACCGGUAAAUCGUAUCUGGCCAAGGCCGUGGCUACAGAGGCAAAUUCAACAUUUUUCAGCAUUAGUUCCAGUGACUUAGUAUCGAAGUGGAUGGGAGAAUCGGAGAGGCUGGUCAAGCAGCUUUUUGCCAUGGCGAGAGAAAAUAAACCCUCCAUCAUUUUCAUCGACGAGGUGGAUGCUCUAACAGGCCAGAGAGGAGAGGGUGAAAGUGAAGCCAGCAGAAGGAUAAAGACUGAGUUGCUGGUGCAAAUGAAUGGAGUCGGCAAUGACUCCGAGGGCGUGCUUGUUCUAGGCGCUACCAAUAUCCCUUGGCAGCUAGAUAGUGCCAUUAGAAGAAGAUUCGAAAAGCGAAUCUAUAUCUCUUUGCCAGAUCUAGCUGGCCGCACUAGAAUGUUCGAGCUAAAUAUCGGCGAAACUCCAUGCACACUCACCAAAGAAGACUACAGAACCCUUGGUCAACUGACUGAAGGAUACUCUGGAAGUGAUAUCGCAGUAGUUGUGAAAGAUGCAUUGAUGCAGCCCAUCCGCAAAAUCCAAAACGCCACACACUUCAAGAACGUCUCGGAAGAUACUGAGCAUCGUAGACUAAUUCCUUGUUCACCUGGCGACGACGGUGCAAUUGAACUAAGUUGGACUGAUAUCGAUGCCGACGAGUUGCAAGAACCAGAACUUAAUAUAAAAGACUUCUUGAAGGCUAUUAAAACCACGAGGCCCACGGUGAACGAUGAAGACUUGAAAAAACAAAUACAGUUCACCAACGAUUUUGGCCAAGAAGGUAUUUAA